ACACUAAUGUGUGUGGACUCCCACCACUGUUCACAGCUAUAAAACAAGACACCGACUGGAUUCACAGUCUAUUGCACGCGAGUUAGCCAUCAUGAGCACAUACGACUUGUUUAUCUGUUGUUUAUUAUUUACUGCUGCUUCUGCAGCACCCGCAGAAGGAGAAUGCGAUAAGACCAAAUGCAAAGGGCCCCUGAAAUUCUACAAUGAAUUAUCCUGCGAGCCAGUUUACAAAAACGAGGACGACUGUUGUCCCUACAAAUACAACUGUGAAAAUCUGAGUGAACGAUCCACUGACAAGUGCUACCUAAACGGACACACGUAUGAAAUUGGGGAGCAACUACGAGAGGAGGAUGCGAAGCCCUGCGACAUCGGGUGCGUCUGCAGGGAAAACCUGGGAGUGGCUGGAUUCACCUGUGCUGUCGUCGAUUGCUUUGCUCGUGCCAGACCUGGAUGUUAUCUCGCUAGGAAUUCCUCAAAUUGCUGCCCCGGCCCUGAAAUUUGUCCUGGAAGCCAGGAAGAAUGGCCUAAGUGUGAAGUAGAUGGAAAAACCUACAAUGCAGGUGACUACUUCGAACCUGCAGCAGAGCCCGACAAGUACUGUUAUUGCGGUGCUGGGUACACAGGCGAAAACGUCGAGCCCUUCUGCAAGACCCGGGGCUCCACAUCCUGCGGAGUGGAACUUCGUAACGCCUAUGAGAUUCAUAACAACUGUCCACCGGUCUUUUACAACUCCCAAUCCCCGCAGACCGAUUGCGCGGUGGCUUUCAGAUGUCAAAACGAUAAAGACGAAGUUAUCAAUGCUGAGGGAACCCCUGAAACAGUCGACGCAAAAUCAGCGUCGGACGAGGACGUGGACAUGUGCAAAUUUGGAAACAUGAGCAUGAAGCUGGGUCAGGAACUCAAUCAGAAGACAGAUUAUUCUUCAGUGUGUGUCAAGUGCGUCUGCGAGGUACCACCGAUACCCACCUGUCAGCGACUACCUGAUGAUAUCUGUGAUGUUACCGAUCACCCGAAAUUCAGCUAAAGUGGAAGGGUGCGCCCUUAGCGUGUCGUUGGCUAGUGAUUUAUACGAUUUUUGAGCAUUAUGUACUCGUUUACUAAUUAAAUAAAUGGAAAAA